AUGAACGUGUUCAGUUACAAAACCCUGCUCUUACUGUCGUCUCCGGAACUGUCUAUUAUUCACUGCGAUCUCAAGCCAGAAAACGUGUUGCUGUGUAAUCCUAAGCGCUCGAAGAUUAAUAUCAUUGACUUUGGAUCUUCAUGCCAGAUUGUCAUCGAUUAUCAUAUAUAUACAGUCAGGUUUUAUCGUUCUCCUGAGGUUUUAUUAGGAAUCGCUUAUGACACAAAGAUCGAUAUGUGGUCACUAGGUUGUAUCCUAGUGGAAAUGCAUACAGGAGAGCCGCUCUUCGCUGGAUCUUCAGAGUUAGAUCAAAUGAUGAAAAUUGUUGAAGUACUGGGAAUGCCACCGAAAGAACUUUUAGACAUUGGCCCAAAGACUCACAAGUACUUUGGGAAAACAGAAGACGGUGUCUAUUAUUGCAAGACUACCCGUGACAAUUUUAACAAAUGCUACCGUGGACCGGGACACAGAAACUGCAUGACAUCCUCGGUGUUACCUCUGGUGGCCCCAAUGGAAGGCGUGCGGGAGAGGUCAGGAAACGUGGAACUCACCGCUUUGAGAAGAAAGAUGCUAUCUCGCAAAGCGCCGAUUAAACCAACAAAGGAUACAAACCCGAUUGAGCAACCUGAAAUAAAGAUGCUUAAUCAACAACACAUGUACUAG